GGAACCCGUUAUCUUCCAGAACUGAAACCUACCUGGAGUUCCCAGAAGAUGUCCAGACAUGGCCAAGCAUGUUUAAAGCUCCGCCCCCCGUGGGAGGAUCCAGUCUGAUAUAAACUAGACUCAACACGCAGCGGGUCAGUCGCUUCUUCACCAGCAUCAUCAUCAUUGGUUCCAGUCAGACUCUCAUCUGGACUCUCCAGUUUCCAGCAUGAUGGCAGGAUGGAGGCAGACAUGGAGACUCCUGGUCAUCUUCAGCCUCCUCAUCCUCACCAACCAGUCUGAGAUGAGAGGAGAAGCUGAACCUCAGAGGAACGUCGCAGGAAGAGCUGCACAUCUCCUCACCAAGGUUCUGGACGCCUUCUUGGUUGGUUCUGACCAGCAGACGAUGGCGGACCGGCUGCAAAGCGCUGCAGAGAUCUCUCCCAGCUGCACACAGGAAGUUCUGGUUCCGACCCGCAGCACCGACCCAUCAGACGGAAACACCGGGCAGGAAAACGGGUCGGAACCGCAGCAGCGUCUCCCGGUCAGCAGAAAGCUCCUCUGCAACCAGACAGUCUGUGAGUCAGAACCCGACCAGCAGAACCCUCAGAUGGAUCAAGCAGCGCAUGAAGCCGACCCGGUUUCCAGAACCUCCAGAACCGCCCCGAGCCCAGAUGGUCCCCUGGUAGAGUUUGACCAGCAGCAGAUCGUCAUGUUAGCAGACGAUGAGGUGGUGAGAACAGCUGCAGCUUCUCUCUACCACAAACAUCCAGCGGUCAGUUCGCUUCACGCCGUCCGUCCCCAGCACAGAGUCCGGCAGGUCAAAGGUCAGGCGGCGCCUCUGUCGGAACGCAGCAGCCUGGUUCUGGUGGGUCACGGAGCCAGAGAGCCUUCAGGAGAGAUGAGGAUAUCAGGGUACAGCUACCGAGACGUGGCCAGGAUCAUUAAAGGUCCUCCAGGAUCGGCCAGAAGAUCCAAACCACUGCAGUGGUGGCCUGCGGCGUGGGAUCGGACCGCCGCUUCCCACCAGCUCUGCUGCAGACGCUGCACGAAGCCGGCCUGGAGACGGAGCUGCACCUGUGGAAGACCGCCGUCCAGGUGGCGGAGACGGGAGACGUCCUGAGUCAGGAUGGAGCGCGGUGGAGAUCUGGAGAUCACACCAAGAAGCUGGUUCUGACCGUCGGCCGGACCGGAGAGAUCAGGAGGAGGGACGACCGCCGCCGCACCGGGAAGGAAGUUCCCACCAAUCAGACGGCGCUGCUGGGCGACGGAGGAAACAAAAAGGGAAACGACAAUAAGCAUCUCGACAAAGAGGAACCAAAAGCUUCAUUGAUCCAGAAGUUUAUAAGGAAAUUCCUUCAGGUCUUGAUAAAGCAACUAAAUUCAAGGAAACUUUCAGGAUCCUUGAAAGUUUGACGUGGGGAUUCUUUCAUCCAGGUCCACCAGAAA